GAAGUUGCAACAGGAUAUAACGGCCUGACGCAGUUAUUUGGCGGCCGUAUGUAUUAGGAUAUACCGUGAAGUAAUGGUUAACUGUAAUGGACUUUGGAUGUUGUCGUUCAAAACUUCCACGCCGGUGUACAAGGUUUGUAUUUUGAAUGCAGUUACCGGGUCGUAGAGGAGUAUAACUGCUUCGUGCUGUUAGCUCACGUUAAGUCCUUCUCGGUUUCGUUAAGAGGAAUGCAGCGGUCACCGAGCUCCACUUCUCAUUAAGCUCACUCGAUGAACAUGAACUUAAUUUUUGCGACGAAACAGAGUUGUGUAUUUUAAGCUAACUUUUGCUGUAAGUCAUGGCGAAAGACUUUGUAAAGACUUUUGUACAGCUGUGUAAUUAUCUCCAAGAACCCCGCCAUGUAGCCAGUUUUCAAAAUUUCUGCGGCGUUAAAGGGACAUUUCCGGCGAAACCAACCAAGCCGGACAGCGGACUGUCUGAGCCUGACUUUUCCGGGCUGCGGAAGAGGGUCCAACACGGAGGACAAAGCUCGGACGUCAGUGUCGGGAAUGGAGCGACCGGGGAUGCGCCCGCACCGCAGGUUAACGGGAUGCAGGGUGACAAGACCGUCGGGCCUGAUGGUGCAACAGCAGCAGCUAUCGACUCCGCCAGGGCAAAACCUCUCCGGAAAAACUCCCUGACCGGAGACAUGGGUCAAGAGUUCCUGAUCCACAACAAGUUUCUGUUCUACCUGUUCACGUUUGGGACUGAGCUGGGCAACGAGAUGUUCUUCAUCAUUUUCUUCCCAUUUCUCUUCUGGAACAUCGACGCCCUGGUUAGCCGGAGACUCAUCGUUGUCUGGGCCUGGAACCUGUUCGUGGGGCAGUCCACCAAGGAUAUGGUCCGCUGGUCCCGGCCGGCUUCCCCUCCUGUGGUGAAGGUGGAGGUCUUCUACAACUCCGAGUACAGCAUGCCGUCCACGCACGCCAUGACGGGGACAGCCAUACCCUUCUGUCUCUUCAUGUUGACCUACGGACGGUGGCAGUACCCCUUCCUCUUUGGCUUUUUUGUGGCUCUCAGUUGGAGUGUCCUGGUCUGUGUGAGCAGAGUCUACAUGGGGAUGCAUUCUAUUCUGGAGGUAAUCACCGGCUUCCUGUACAGCCUUCUUAUUCUAGCCUUCUUCCAGCCAAUUUUGGACAAGAUUGACAGCUUCUACAUGAUGGAUCACUUCGCUCCCCUUGUGAUUAUCGUGUCACACGUGAGCCUGGGACUUGUUGCUUUCUCUCUGGAUUCCUGGAGCACCUCUCGAGGCGAUACAGCUCAGGCUCUGGGCACCGGGGCAGGAGCUGCUCUGGCUACCCAUGUGAACUAUCAGUUGGGUCUGCUGGCCGAUCCACCUCUGUCCUCACUUCCUCUAACUUUACCACCAAUCAGCACCAGCUUGGUGGUUGUUUCCCUACUGCGCUUCCUCAUCGGAGUCGCUGUAAUCCUCGUCACGAGAAUGGUUAUGAAAGCAGUGACUAUUCCGUUCUUAUGUCGACUGUUCGAGCUGCCUUCAGAUGAUGUAAGACAGGCGAGGCAGCACAUGAAAGUAGAGUUGCCGUACCGUUACAUUGUCUACAGUGUUGUUGGUUUUAGUUGUGUUUGUGUGGUGCCUCUCUUCUUUAGGAUCUUAAACCUCGCCUGAGUGUGGUGCGCAAGCUGUCAUUUACUGCUGACAUGUUCACCCACACAAUGAAGGCAAACAGAAACAUGCUACUUGUCUUCACACAAGAUAAAGUCUCUGUUUCUGCAUGGCAGAAACUGAUUUAAAGGAGAAAUGUGGUGAUAUUCUAUAUCUUUUGUAUUGUCAAUUAAUAUUGCCUCUGUGCCAUAGAGUGCCGUUGUUGUUGAAAACCUGUUAGAACUUAUCAGUGAGCCAGGCUGUUGCACUAGGUGACAUGUUUCUUCAUUAUGAUGAGCAGCGGCACUGAAGUUUAUUUUGAGUUGAUGCCAUAUACACCAUUCUCACACUGUUAAUACGCCAAAUGUGUAUCAACCUGUGGCUGAAAAUAGCCCCCAACAAAUACUGAAACAGGAGUAAAUACGGUAUCAGUGGCUAGAUAAUUUAGUUGUUUUUUCUAAAUGGAGAGUAUAUAUUUUUAACCCAUUUUCAAAGAAUUUUUUCUUCAGUUGGAAUUAGUGGACUCGGUGGGGGUCCAAAGGCCACAGAUCAGUUGGACAGUAUUAGAGGGACAGACUGAAGCAUGGUUGGUUUGAGUCUUGGGAUUUGUUGACAAUGACAACAAUAUAGAACAUCACCAGCCUUGUCCUUUAAGAUCCACCUGUGGUCGACAUAUUUAAGUGUUAACAGGAACUUUGCAAAUACAAAAUCUGUCAGAUGUACUGUUAUGAUGCUUGCAUUCAUUAGUGCGGAAUCUGUUGUGCAUUUCCAUCAUUUUACUCGAGAUAUAUAAUAUGUUAAUGGAGAAUUCAAUGCUCUCAAAAUAAACCAAACCAUGAAUCGGUAAUGUGUGAAGUCACUUCACUUUUCAUUUGUUGCCUUGCGCAAAUCAAACCAGUCUGGAUGCAAGAAAGUACUGUAAGUAUUUACGCUAACUGGUGUGUACACGGUCUCUAUUUAAAUCUGGAAGACUCGUACUUUUUUCCCUCAUUGAGCAGACCUACUGUGUCGUUUUUACUAUAGCCAGCAUUAUCUCAUCCCCUGAUCCUUUUUGUACAUGUGUAUGCUUUUUUUCCAAAUCGUUUGAGAUUUUAAUCCAAAUGUAAAUUCAGUAUACUCUGAAAAAUCACACAAUUAAAAUAGCAUAUUUUUGAUAAUGUAUUUUGCCAUUUUAACUAAUUUGAGCUGAAUUGUUGCUCAAUAAAAUAAAAAUCUUAAUCUAUACCAUUCACAUCUGAUUCCUAAAAAUGAUGUUCAGGAGACAUUUCUGCUGCCCUUCCUUAUUCUGCAGUAUAAAAUCACAGACUCUAGCACCUGUCUAAGUCUUUGUUUAUUUGCUGUUGUAAUGUUACAGUAAUAGUUUACUGCAAUAUCCAUGUCAGAAUAUUAAUGCUUAAGCAUUUAUACUUACAUACUUUAUACAUCAUAAGUACUCAUGGGACAUUUAUAUUAUUACCAUACAUUCCCCCAUCUUUUUCUGUAAUGCAAGAACUGUAUCCUUUGGAAAAAUAUGGAAAUGAGAUGAAUAAAAUAUU